CCGUGUCUGUCGGUAUCCGUGUCUGUCGGUGUGUUGGUGGGGGUGUGUGGGUGUGUGUAUACAUGGAUGUGUGUGUCUACAUGUGUGUCUACACGUGUGUCUGUAGCUGUGUAGCUGUGUAGGUACGGAUCAUGUGUGUCUACACGUGUGUCUGUAGCUGUGUAGGUACAGAUCAUGUGUGUCUACACAUGUGUAUGUAGAUGUGUAGGUAUGGAUCAUGUGUGCCUACAUGUGUGUCUGCAUGUGUGUCUACAUGUGUGUCUACACAUGCAUAUGUAGAUGUGUAGGUAUGGGUCAUGUGUGCCUACAUGUGUGUAUGUAGAUGUGUAAGUAUGGAUCAUGUGUGUCUACAUGUGUGUAUGUAGAUGUGUAGGUAUGGAUCAUGUGUGUUUACAUGUGUGUCUACACGUGUGUAUGUAGAUGUGUAGGUAUGGAUCAUGUGUGUCUACAUGUGUGUCUACACGUGUGUAUGUAGAUGUGUAGGUAUGGAUCAUGUGUGUCUACACGUGUGCAUGUAGACAUGCAGGUACAGAUCAGCGCCGUUGCCCUGCCCGGUCCCUGCUCCCGGGCGAGCAGAGCUCUGGCCUCGCUGCCGGGUGACACGGUUCGGUGACACGCCGCGGGUGGGGGUGACACGGAGCUGGUGGCCUCGUGUCCCUGAGCCUUGGGGCGGGUCUGUGUCCGCAGCGCUCGGGCGGCAAGCACCCCAGCACGCCUGCCGACAACUACCACCUGGCGCGGAGGAGGACCCUGCAGGUGGUGGUCAGCUCCUUGCUCACCGAGGCCGGCUUCGAGAGCGCUGAAAAGGCCGCCGUGGAGACGCUGACCGAGAUGUUGCAGAGCUAUAUUUCUGAAAUUGGAAGGAGUGCAAAGUCCUACUGUGAACAUACAGCCAGAACGCAGCCUACACUCUCAGAUAUAGUGGUUACUCUUGUGGAAAUGGGGUUCAAUGUUGAAACACUUCCUGCCUAUGCUAAGCGCUCCCAGAGGAUGGUCAUCACUGCCCCUCCUGUGACAAACCAGCCCGUGACUCCCAAAGCCCUGACAGCUGGACAGAACAAGCCACAUCCAUCCCACAUUCCUGGCCAUUUCCCAGAAUUUCCAGAUCCUCACACUUACAUCAAGACACCAACGUACCGGGAGCCAGUGUCUGAUUACCAAGUGCUGCGGGAAAAGGCAGCAUCUCAGCGGCGGGAUGUGGAGAGAGCUCUCACAAGGUUCAUGGCCAAGACAGGAGAAACCCAGAGUCUCUUCAAAGAUGACGUUAGCACAUUCCCACUGAUUGCUGCCAGGCCUUUCACUGUGCCCUACCUGACAGCUCUUCUUCCCUCCGAGCUGGAAAUGCAGCAAAUGGAGGAAACAGAUUCGUCUGAGCAAGACGACCAGACAGACACUGAGAACCUCCCCCUGCACAUGAGCACGGAUGAUUCAGGACCUGAAAAGGAGAAUGCUUCUGUGUUACAGCAGAACAGCUCCCUGUCAGGCAGUCGGAAUGGGGAGGAGAAUGUGAUAGACAAUCCCUACCUCCGGCCGGUGAAAAAGCCCAAGAUCCGCAGAAAGAAGUGAGGUGUGGCCAGCUGGCUCCUCGGGGGCACAGAAACCUGGGGGGAUCUCCUCCUCUGCUGGGGGUUAGAAGCAUGGAGCAAGACAGGAGAGGCAAUCCAGCUGGGUGGUGGAAGCAGAAGACUAAUCUUUCUCAUCCCGGUUUGCAGUGCUCCCUCUUUCCCCUCUGCUCUCCUGCUGACUUAGAACAGUUGAUGGUCAAUUGCCUUAAAAGCUUGGAAGGCCACUGGGUUACAGCUGGGAAUUGUCUGGUUUGCUUUGGUUUGUUCUCGCUGUCUGCAGGAUUUAUUUUUGGAAGAGAUGGGGACACAAAGGGUCUUGCUGCUCAGUGCUUCCCAGCAGGCUCAGCAGAACACAAAGGCGUGAUGUGUUUGUGGCUGGCUGGCAGGCCAGGAAAAAAAGACACUCCUGCAAUCAACCUUGCCUGGCCUUGCAGUCUAAAGGAGCAUGUAUUAACAGAGACAGAAAAAUCCCAGGGAGGUUUCUUUCUUUGGAUUCAUGGCAAGUAAAAGCAAACAGACUUUUCUUUUAUAAGCUAAAGGCAUCUGAUGUGUUGGUUAGAGAGCGAAGGGUAAAUACAGAGCUAAGAGGGCAUUUUAUUCUCACUUUCCUGACUGCAGCUGCACGUGUAACUUAAAAGCACUAAGUGUGGUGUUUACCCUGUUCUGCUUUGAGAUCACAUUUUAGCAGUAUGAAUAGCAAGACAUAACAGCUGCUUCAGGCAAUUUGUCAGUUCUAUUGUUAGUUUGACACAGCAGAGCUCCUUUGGGAGUUCACACCUUUGCAGGCUGUUUUGAAAGAUGAAAACUUUGGUGUAUGGAAUAAAGCUGUAUGGAUUGCAGCCUGUGAGGCUGUGCUAUUGAUGGCACUUUUUUAUAUUGUCCACUCUCAAAUACAGGCUUCUACCAACAGAAGUUGCUCUUUUUUACCCCCUUUGUUCCCCUAGAGCAGAAGAGUUUAUUCCAGCAGUGAAAUAACUGGCGAUGGGAGUAUUGCAAUUGUUAGCUGGUUCUGGAGGGCUUUGGUUUAAUUUUAUUAACCUCUACUUGGGGAAAAUAUGGGUUAAACUUCUUUGAUAAAAGGCCUUGUGGUUUUGUCCAGUCUCUCAAGCAUCUCUUCUGGAUGAGAAUGUGCUGGGAGAGGCAGCAAAGUCUGCUGGCUGCAGACUGCCAGGCAGCUUGUGUUUUCCUCGAGUAAUAGCUGAGUGCAAGAAGUCUGUUGCAGUUACCAGGGAGAUGAGAGUUAUGUGUGUACAUGUUCACCUCCCUUUAGUCAAGGAAUCCUCCCAGGCCUCCCUCUUUCCCCAUCACCCAGGGAGAGGGAAGAUAAAAAGCAGUAAUUGUUUCGAUGAGAACAAAGAUGUUCCUGCCAAAUCAUUUGAAAAUAGUAUCUCCAGCAAAAAAGUCCUGCAUGUGCCAUUGUCACUUCUGCUGGUGCCUUGGUUGUACAGAAUAAAAAAAAUGUACAGAGACAUUGUGUAUGUAUGUAUAUAUAAAAUUUAUAUCUUUUUUUUAACUUGAAUUAAGCUUUUUCAUAAUAAGAAAAUCCCUCGCUGGGUAGGGGAAGAAUGUAGAAUGAAAGUAGUAAUUUCUAUGUUCAUAAUAAAUUUUAUCUCCUACAAGCAAAA